UUUACUUUGGUGGGUAUAGUUUGUGCCUGCCGGAAGUAAUACAUGCGGCAAAAUGGCUGCUUUGGCUGCUUAGUGUACAGUAAAAGAAAAGGAAAAGACACCUAAAUUAAUGCUUGAAAAUAUUUUCCACUCUUGUAUCUGAUAGCAGUCAGUAUAUUUAGUAUUGUUCUGGUCCUCAUAGCUGUACUUAUGGCAAGCACGCUGGAUUUCAGGACCCACGUCGACCAGUCAUGCAGAUAUUCCGAAGAAUUUGUCAACAUUUAUUACGACUGCGUGGAUAAAAAAAGGAGGAACUUGACCCGGCUCUACCUGGACAAAGCCACUCUGGUGUGGAAUGGGAACGUGGUUUCAGGACAGCAGGCUCUUGGCGAGUUCUUUGAGUCGUUGCCUUCGAGCGAGUUCCAAGUCCAGACACUGGAUUGUCAGCCAGUUCACGAGCAAGCCACCCAGGGCCAGACCACGCUGCUCGUGGUGACGGGGGGGACCGUCAAGUUCGAGGGGAACAAGCAGCGCUUCUUCAACCAGAACUUUCUCCUGACAGCUCAGGCCACGCCCAACAACGACCAGCCUGUUUGGAAGAUUGCUAGUGACUGUUUCCGAUUUCAAGACUGGAAUAGCUGAGGCUUCCCCCCCCCCUCCUCUAAAAUGUAUGAGUUUGUUUUUCUUUUCUUUUUUGUAAAAAAAAUAAAAGUCAUACACCACAUAAUACAAAAAACAGUUUAUUCUAUAAAUGUUGAACAAGGCAUGUGAUCAUAAUGAUGCAUGAUAAUAAAUACAAAUAGGAUUACCAAACGACCAACUGUAAAGCGACUGGCAAGUUUUAACGAUGCAAAUCCAUUAACACAACACUUGAAAAAAUAUAUUAAAAAAAACUCUCUUCCUUUAAAAUGAACAGACUCCAAUUCAAAUAACCUUAAGAUACCAAAUUGUCCAUUAACCCGUUAACUGAGGUAUAUUACACACAGCAUUACUGCCAUUUCAGAUUUGCUAAUGCUGGUAAGCAUUAUGCUAAUAAGCGUUUUAGCAGGUUAGUAGUUAGGCAUGCUUGCUCUUAAAUAAGGUGCCAGCAAGAGUUUUGACAAAAGGGCUUUUUAUACAAGCAACCAACUAUUUGACAAUUUCAUAUAUUAAAACAUUUACUUAUCUUCCUGAGUCAUUUAUAUUCGCACAUUUUGGUCUUUCUGAAUAAAUUGACACCAUAAC